AAAGAGACACAUCCGGGAGAAAGAAAGCAAAACUAACCCACAAAAACAGCUGCAACUAAAUGCAUGAUAGGGUGGUGAACUCUGGUAAAGAUGUACAGGAGUAGCAGUCCAUUUGUGGACUCUCUGCAGUCCAGUGCCUAUUCACCGGAUGAAACCUCCUCCCAGGGUUCGGACCGCUACAGACCCAGUACCAAAUCCAUCUACAUGCGCCGGAAAGAAUAUGCGGAGUCCAUUAACAAACAGCUGUGCAAGUUCCAGUACAGAGUGGAGCACCUACUCACUUGUGAGUUGGAUGAGGUGCAGAUGAGAGGGGUGGAGGAGUGUGUGGAGAGACUGAAGUUGCUGGAGGCAAUGGGGCAUGUGUGGGGGCAGGACAUGCUGUUGGAGGUGCAUGAUGGAAACCUGCUCCUCACCGACAUCGAGACCAAGGAGGAGCUGGAGUCUCUGGCUCUCAGCAGUUUGUUAGAGGUGAAGGCAAUGUUGGACAGCUGUGUGUACAACUCCCUGCUAACCGUGUCAGUGCAGGAGCCACAUGGAUGUGGGGCCACCAAAGUCUUCAUGUUCCAGUGUGACUCUCUGAGGGCAGAUUAUAUCAAGCAAAAUCUUGAACAGGUUUUGCUAAACAGGGCCACUGAGGCCAGAGACAGGAAUAAUAAGAGCGGACAACUUGGGGCCCUGACGAUUAACAACGACAGAAACACACACACCCCCCUCUGUCCAGAGAGGAAAGAACGGACUCCCUCAGGACCCCCCAAAGAGGAGUGGAAUGUUCCAGACUAUGAUGAGAGUCCAAGUCCAGUCUCACCUAAAACCAGGCAUAAGCCUGUCUACUCCAGUGCUCAGUCACCAACCCAGCCCCCUGCUACAGAGAACAUGCCCACAUGCCCUACCCAUCACCCACCCCCCUAUACAGAGCAUGACAGAAAUGUAGAUAUUCUGAACCACCUGAUUAAUGAUAUCAAAGACUUUGUGGAUACUGUGCUAGCUGUGGUGCCGAGAGCGGACAAGAAGAAAAAAAAGAAGAAAAAGCAGAAAGCUUUGAAAGGGUUGCCCUCAAAGGAGUUGUUUACAGUCUGCCUGCAGAAAAUCAAAAUGGCCUUCAACCUUCUGGGGCAGCUUAAUGGUCAAAUUAACAACCCCAGUGCUGCAGAUCUGGCCCACUGUCUCUUCUCCAUGUUGGAUCUGGUGGUGGGUCAGUGUGCGGAUGAUCUCCCCCCGUCUGUAGUAGCGCCACUUCUGGAGCCAGAGUGCGUGCGCUUCCUGGGUGAGGAGGCCUCGCCUGAGGAGGAUCAGCUGUGGCAGUCUCUGGGAGAUGCCUGGAACAUCCCCAGUACAAAAUGGCCUGAGGAUGACAAUGAUAUCCCGACUUUCACUCCUGUGUUUAACGAUGGCUGGGAGCCACCACAAGUCACACACACCAACAAAAAACAUGUGAUCCAUCAGGAAAGCCAGCAGUUAAUAUCAUGGAACACCAAAUCUCAGAACACCAAAUCCUCUCCACAGAAAAGUUCUGAAGAGAUGCUGCCCAGCUGCAUGUAUGUGUCAUGUGACUUUAGAGGGCGGAAUGAUCGAGAACUGAGUGUAAUGAAAGGAGAAGAGGUAGAGCUUCUGGAUAUGUCAAAGCGCUGGUGGAAGGUGAGAAAUGAUCGCUGUGAGGAAGGUUAUGUCCCAAACAAUGUCUUAAAGUCCGCAGACAUUGAGGAGAGACAGGAAGUGCAAAGCAAUCCUGCCCUGAAUAGGAAGUCCAAACCCGAGGAGGUUAAAGCUUGGCUGGAGCAGAAGGGCUUCACUAAAAUCACGGUGCGGUGUCUGGGGGGACUCAGCGGAGCGAUGUUGUUGGGGAUGACGCGGGAGGAGCUUAAGAUUGUCUGUCCAGAAGAAGGAGGACGAGUUUACUACCAACUGCAGAAUGUCAAAUCAGCUCUUGCUCUGGCCAGAGAGGUGAGGCCACUGGUUUGAGAGAUCAGCAAGAGCACAGAAUGGCUACAGCAGGAGAAGAGCACACACACACACACACACGCACGCAUGCA